AUGUCUCCUGAGCCGGAAUCUGAUAACCCCGCCGCCGAAAGGUCGACGACAAGGUCUUGCUAUGCCUGUCGCCGCAAGAAGAUCAAAUGCGACAGGAAUGAUCCAUGCUCAGCAUGUGUUCGCUCUGCCAAGACCUGCGUGUUCCCGCCCAUUGGGCCCCGGGUCCGUCGGACCAAAAAGACCAUCAUGGCAGACAUGGCAGGGCGACUGGCCAGCUUGGAAAAGACUCUUGCUAGAGUCACUGCAGAGAGACAGGCCACCUCUAUUCCCGACAUUUUUGUUUUUGACAAUGCCGAAUCAACAGAAGAGGGUAGCGAGAGGUCCAAUGAUGAUGUUCUCCUGCAAAGAGGCUCGUCGAGUCAGUACUUUAAUGAGAUUCUACUGUCAAGGAUGAUUGGAGAGGAAAAAAACCUCGAGUCUGCAUUGACAGCGCCAACACCGCUGCGCCUUGGCACAUCACCAUCUCCAUUCAGCGCCAUGGGGAUAUUAUCUUCACCUUCCCUGUCACAACACCCAUCUAUCUUCCAUCCGGACAAACCGAUAGCAGCCGAACUAUGGAACACGUAUGCCAGCAACGUCGAGAGCUGCCUUGGCCUGAGGAUUCUACAUAUUCCUACCGACGAGGUCAGGGUGUAUUCAGCCAUUCAUAACCCCACAAAAGCCCCCUUUGAUGACCUAGCAUUCUGUUUUGCAAUUUAUUUUGCAUCCACAAUGUCUCUAGAGGAACCAGAUGCGCCGGCUAUGCUAAUCCUGGACAAACCACGGCAGCUGCAGCUGUUCAAGGCUGCCCUCCGUGUUCACAAUCGAGGCAAAGGGAUAUGGAUCCUCAAUGGUCUCGCCAUUCGGAUUGCUCAAUCCCUCGGCCUACACAGGGACGGCGAACGACUUGGUCUCCCACCUUUCGAGUCAGAGCUCCGCCGUCGGCUUUGGUGGCAUCUCAUCACUAGGGACAGUCGUUCUGGGGAAGACUAUGGGCUGGAGAAUUCGACUGGCAUGCAACCACAAUCGGACGUCAAGCUGCCACUAAAUAUAAACGACGAAGACCUCUCUCCAGACAUGAAGCAGCUUCCUCCAGAAAAGCGAGGAUGGACAAUCAUGACCUUCUCAUUGGUUUACAUCGAGCUUGCCAAGGCCAUACAAAAGCUUGCCACUGCUGUCUCGUCUCCUUCUCCAAGUGAAGAGGCAAGGCGUAAGAUCAUCGAAGAGACCCGGUCUAAAGUCAUGAGGCGAGUCGAUGAGUGUGGUUUGGAGUCAUCAGGGUUGCCGCAGUAUCGUCUCACAGUCCACUGCGCACACUUCCUACUCCGCAAGCUUGACUUUUUCACAAGACAGCAAUGGCUUGCAUUGCAACAUCCUGGCUCUCGGGAGGCAUUAGCCACGGAUGAUGAUCUGUUAGAGGCAUUGGACAUUCUGGAACCGAGGGUGUUUGGUGAUGAGCCUCUCCUAGGGCCAUAUGGCUGGGCGAGGAAGGCCUAUCCCCAGUAUCAUGUCACCAUGUACAUCCUCUGGCAUCUAUGUACUCGACCAAAUGGACCUCAUGUGGAAAGAGCUUGGAGAUCUGUCGAAGCUGUGUUUUCUACUGAACUAGCUGACGAGUUCGCCGACAGGGUCGGAUCCAAGCCCGCAGUCCUCGCGGCUCUGAAGUUGAAAGCCGAAGCACUCAGAAAGCAGAGCGCCAUUAACCUUGGGAACAGGCCACUGGAGGAGCCAGGAGAGUCCCAGGGUAUUCCUGUGGGCGCAUUCGAUGGACUAAGCUUUGAAAACUCAACAUUGGACAAUGGUGGAGAUGAGUGGUUGCCAUGGACUUCGAUGAUGCAGGGGAUUUCUGAGGAAGAAGCUUUCCCGUGGUUUUGGUGA